UUUCAGCAGCUGAAAUAUAGUUAAAAUGCCGUCAGUAAGAAGUAUUGAAGACUACUUUGGUCAGAUUGAGAGCCUCCUUUACCGACAAGACUGGACAAAUGGAGAGAAAAUUUCAAAGUUUGUGUCGACUUACGAUGAGCACGCACAGGAACCGUUUAUGCAUAUUGAAGCGUACGGUUCGAGAUCAAAACGAUGCAGAGUAUCAGAAGAUGAGGUUUUCGAUGAAAUCGUCUGUUUGCAUCUUCAUGUUCUCUACAAUAUCCACGUGGCCCAAGAUCUCAUCACGGCUCAGUCGACACAGAUUCAGAUUAUUCAACUAUUCAACAAAGAGAUUCUUCAAAAGCGAAAAGACGAAAACUGGUUUCUUCCAAUUUUCUAUCGAUUGUGCACUGAUUUGAGAUGGCUCAGUAAAGGCGCAGAAGCAUGCGUGUCUGGUGAUGAUGAAGGAGAUUCAAAUGCGAAUUCAUUUUUUGAAAGUGCCGCCAAAGCGAUCACAGAAUGCUACAGAACUUGUGUUUCGGAUGUUCAUGCCGAAGAGGGAACCACGAAGAAAGUGGCAAUGUUGAAUAUGACAAAUCAGCUAUUCCAAAUUUAUUUUCAGAUAAAUAAGCUGAAUCUCCUGAAGCCAUUGAUCCGGGCAAUCGAUAAUUGUGGGUCAUUGUAUCAUGAUUUUUUGAUGUCGGAUAAAGUAGCUUACAACUAUUUCCUUGGUAGAAAAGCAAUGUUUGAUGCCGAUUUGAAUCUGGCCGAGAAAUCUCUGCUCUACGCAUUCAGGAACUGCCCAGCUGACAGUAUGUCGAACAAGCGAAAGAUUCUGAUUUAUUUAAUUCCUGUGAAAAUGUUUCUUGGUCACAUGCCAACAUCCCAGCUUCUCCAUGAGUAUCGACUUGAUGAGUUUCAAGAUGUUGUGGCUGGUGUAAAAGAUGGAAAUUUGGCUCAACUCGAUGGAGCUCUUGCAGCUAACGAAGCAUUUUUCAUCAAGUGUGGAAUCUUUCUGAUGCUUGAAAAGCUGCGAAUGAUCACGUUCCGAACUCUUUUCAAAAAAGUAAGUCAGAUAGUCGGAACUGCUCAAAUUCCUUUGGAUGCUUUUCAAACUGCUCUUCGCUUUGUUGGAGUCACUGAUGUUGAUAUGGAUGAAUUGGAAUGCAUUAUUGCAAAUCUUAUUGCUUCGAAGAAAAUCAAAGGAUAUCUGUCUCAUCAACAUCAAAAACUGGUAAUCUCAAAGAUGAAUGCAUUCCCCACGCUUUCUGGUGUCUCUUCUAAUUGAUCUUACGAUUUAUUAUGUGCCUUAUUGUGUUUUCUAUUCGUUUUUAUUUCAUUUUUUUUCAGCUACCACAGAGAAAAAUAUUAAAGAACAUGGAAAUGGGCAAUUCCCGUUAAGAAAAUAAAAACAUUGAAAAC